AUGGCUAGCCCUACUGGUUCCACUCCCUCCAUUCGCACCCCGACCCCAUUGCUGGGCUCGGAUCCCGCCAAUGCUCACCUUCUCGUCCCGGGACACCUGCCCCGCACGGGGAGCGAGCAGUCCAUGCAGCGUCUCAAGAAUGUCCCCGGUUACACUACGCCAGUCUUCAAGGGGAAGGAUGAGCAGAGAGCCAAGGUCCAUGCCAACGUCGUCGCAAAGGGCUUCAUCCCACGCGAACUCGUCGCCAACGAGGUGAACUGGUUCUACUCACACCUUGGGAUCGACGACACGUACUUCCAGGCCGAGUCCGUCGACGUGAUCUCGGACCACAUUAUCGCGCUCUUCGGUGCAAAGGUACUCGCGUACACGAAGCACGAUCCGUCGCAGCUCGUAAUCGACCUCGAGAAGAUCGACGAGAAUGGCAACGGCGCGACAUUCAUCCACACUAGCUCACCCGGUAAGACCGCGACCGAGGGCCCUGGCGCAUCGUGUGAGAAUAGGAUCGACGCGUUAUAUCUCGACAACUCCACCCCGAGUAAGGCGUACAGGCUCGAGACAUACCGCUCGCAGGGCCUUGUGUCCGCUACCGCGUCGCAACAGCUGCGCUGCUACUUCAUUACCAAGUGCAACUUCCCCGCCAGUCCACCUCCUUCGACGCGUACAGAUGGUAAAACGGACAUCCGCACCGUCUCUGAUCCAGUCUUCCUUGAGAAAGCCAGCGAGAACACGCUGGAAAUCUACCAGAACGUGAUGUGGAACGUGGAGACACGUUACGGGCCUGUAAUCGAGGUCUUCGAGGUGGAGGGCAGCCGCGAACGCAGGCUCGUUAUCGGGUAUAAGAUGGGCGGCACGAGCAAGUUCUUCAGUGCCCUCUCGAAUCUGUACCACUUCUACGCCCUCUAUUCCGCGCGCAAAUACGUCGAGCAAUUCUCGAAUGGCAUCACGAUUAUAUCCUUGUAUCUUAACCCUCUCCCGAGCGCGCUGAACGCUCCCCCAAUCGAGCAUUCCAUAUUCCAAGUGAUGAAGGAAGCCUCGCUGUUAUAUUGCCUGCCCGACAACCCCUUCUUCUACGCAGAGCCCGGCCAGAACGGCGGGCAUGCCGUGCAGGAGGCGACUUAUGCUUACUGCGGUUGGGUGUUCGCGCAGCACUUCUGCAACCGCCUUGGGCCGGCAUACCUCGCAUUGAAGAAUAUUCUCGACGAGUCGAACCCGUCGCACGCGGAAGUGCUGAACGACAUCAAACGCCGCUUCAGGGAGGAGACCUUCACGCGAGAAAGCAUCGCGCAGGUCAUCCAUGCGCAUGCUGACCUCAUUAACUUACUGUAUGUUAACUUCGCGAUGGUGCACUACCCCGCGGCGGACGAGGCAUCGCAGUUGAUGCCUACGCUGUCAUACCAGCGUCUCCAGACCCAAGUCCCACUGUCCGACGAGGACCUCUACGACAAGAUCAGGAAAACCGUGCACAACAAGCACGAGCUGCAGGUCCUCGAGAGCUUCUUGAUCUUUAACAAGCACGUCCUUAAGACCAACUUUUACCAGCCGACUAAGGUCGCACUGUCGUUCCGCCUCGCGCCGGACUUCCUGCCUGAGGUGGAGUACCCGAAGAAACCGUUUGGCAUGUUCUUCAUCAUUGGCGGUGAAUUCCGUGGCUUCCACAUCAGGUUCAGGGACGUCGCGCGGGGAGGUAUCAGGAUUGUCAUGUCGAGGAACAGAGAGAACUACUCUAUUAACCAGAGAAUGCUGUUCGACGAGAACUACGGCCUAGCGUCGACGCAGUCCCUGAAGAACAAGGACAUCCCAGAAGGCGGUGCUAAGGGCACGAUCCUACCUUCAUUGGGUUCAAGCCCAAGAUUGUGCUUCGAGAAAUACGUGGACGCUGUCAUCGACCUGCUGAUCCCUGGACAAAGCCCUGGGAUCAAGGAACGUCUGAUCGAUCUGUAUGGCAAGCCGGAGCUGCUGUUCUUCGGUCCGGAUGAGGGUACUGCGGACAUGAUGGACUGGGCAGCUCUGCACGCACGCGCCCGCGGCGCGGAGACGUGGUGGAAGUCGUUCACGACGGGCAAGAGCGCAGAGACGCUCGGUGGCAUCCCGCACGACCAGUUCGGUAUGACGUCGCUCUCGAUUCGGCAGUACGUGCUCGGGAUCUACAAGCAGCUCGGGCUCAGGGAGAAGGAUAUCACGAAAGUGCAGACUGGCGGACCUGAUGGUGAUCUUGGCUCGAACGAGAUCCUUCUCAGCUCCGACAAGACCAUCGCUGUCAUUGACGGUAGUGGCGUCCUUGCGGACCCCGCCGGUAUUGACCGCGAGGAGCUCAUCCGACUGGCGAAGCUGCGCGUCCCUGUCGCCCACUUCGACAAGUCCAAGCUCAGCAAGGACGGAUACCUGGUGCGCGUAGAGGACCAAGAUCUCAAACUACCAUCUGGGGAAGUCAUUCUCGACGGUACUGAUUUCAGGAAUGGCGCGCACUUGCGGUUCAAGGCUGACUUGUUCGUGCCUUGCGGUGGACGACCCGAGGCUGUCAAUAUAUCGAAUGUUGCCGCUCUGGUGGACUCAGAGGGCAAGCCGCACUUCAAGUACAUUGUCGAGGGUGCGAAUCUGUUCCUGACACAGCAAGCGCGUCUCUACCUCGAGAAACGGAAAGUCGUAGUGUUCAAGGACUCUAGUACCAACAAAGGUGGUGUCACGAGCUCAUCGCUGGAGGUACUCGCCGGGCUCGCACUCUCAACACAAGAAUAUGUCGACCUGAUGAUCUUCAAGGACGGGAAGCCAUCACGAUUCUACCAGAGUUACGUGCGUGACAUUCAAGCGAAGGUUACUGAGAACGCUCUGGCGGAAUUCCAGUGCCUCUGGCGGGAGCACGCGCGUGCGCAGGGCGCGAAGGCGCGCACGCUCAUCUCGGACGAGCUCUCGAUCACGCUCAAUGACCUGCAGACCGAGUUGGAGGGUUCGGACCUGUACGAAGAUCCUGCGUGCCGGCGGGGCGUCAUGAGCCAGGCGGUCCCCAAGAUGCUCGUCGACGAAGUUGGGCUCGAUACCGUGCUGAACAGGCUUCCCGAGCCGUACCAGCGUGCGUUGUUCUCGAGCUGGAUGGCGUCACAUUUCAUCUAUAAGUAUGGCGUCAACGGCUCUUCUGUAGACUUCUUCCACUUUGUCCGCGAUCUUGCAGCUUAG